AUGCGAUCUGUUCGGGUUAAUGAAAGCCCGAAGCCUCGGCUGUUACCCGCAUUUGAGCUUGAGCUUCCUCUCUUGCUGCCCAGGCCAUCCUGGGGAUCUCCCUUCGAUAUGAUCGAGUCUCUCAUCAGUGUGGCCUUCUGCCUGUCUAGCGCGCUCACUGUCUUGAUCUUGUUUCUCCCGUCACAAUAUGACCCUUCCCCGACAAAAACCCCGCCCAGUGUCCAAAUCCUGGUCCUGGGAGACAUUGGUCGCAGUCCGCGCAUGCAAUAUCAUGCAUUGAGCAUUGCGAGUCGUGGUGGUCAGGUAGUCCUCAUUGGAUACACAGAAUCGGACCCUCAUCCCGAUCUCGUAUCGCACCCCAACAUCGCCAUUGUCCCGCUUCACCCACACCCCGCCAUCUUACAGACAAACAACAAGCUUCUGUUCAUGAUUUACGGACCCCUCAAGGUGCUAUUUCAGAUUGCGUGUGUCUGGAGGUGUCUUGCGUAUACAACCAAUCCCUCCAAAUGGUUACUCGUUCAGAACCCCCCCUCUAUUCCCACCCUGGCAGUGGCCUCAAUAUCUUGUUUUCUGCGACAGACCAGACUCGUGAUUGAUUGGCAUAAUUUUGGCUACUCUAUCCUUGCCUUGAAGCUUGGCGCAAGCCAUCCAUUGGUGAAGUUGUCACUAUGGUACGAGAAGAUCUUUUGCAAAUCAGCCUCGGCUCAUCUAUGCGUGACGAAUGCCAUGGCAUCCGUUCUCCAAAAGGAGUUUGAUCUCCAAGCUCCUGUCCUACCCUUGCAUGACCGACCUGCCAGCCACUUCCGCCCUAUCCGAGAUCCUAUCGCGCGGGCCGAGUCCCUCGCGACACUGCCAGAGACGACGGCGAUAAGCACCUCCUUGAAGACAGAGGACCUUCGGACUCUGGUUAGUUCAACUUCCUGGACCGCAGACGAAGAUUUCUCGGUCCUCAUUGAUGCUCUCCUUCAAUACUCGGAACUGGCCACCACGACCCAGCCAGACCUCCCUGAAGUCCUGGCCAUCAUCACGGGGAAAGGUCCGCAGAAAGAAAUGUACCUGAAACAGAUUGCCGCCCUGGAAAAGGCAGGCAAACUCACCAAGGUCACGAUUCGGACUGCGUGGCUCAGUGUACCGGAUUAUGCCCGGCUGCUGGCAUCCGCAUCCCUUGAUGGCGUAGAUCUUCCAAUGAAAGUCGUAGAUAUGUUCGGCGCGGGUCUGCCCGUGGUGGGCUGGAGCCGCUUCAAAGCAUGGCCCGAGCUAGUGACGGAAGGGGUCAACGGAAUGGGCUUCGGGAGCUCAGCGGAGCUGGCGGGCCGGUUGGUCGAGCUGUUCGGCGAUGAUCGCAGGCUAGAGACACUUCGGGCGGGUGCCCAGAAAGAGAGCUCUCGAAGGUGGGAGGAUGAAUGGAAUCCCAUCGUGGGCUCGCUUCUGGGCUUAACAUAA